AUGGGCUGGCUCUGGGGCAAGUCCGACCCUCCCAAAUCCUCCGACAGUGACCCCCUCCGCGACCUCGACCCCAGCCUACGGGACUUCCUCUCCAAAGAAUCCCCCGUAAAAUACACGCCCGCUCCACCUCCCCCAGCUCCGCCUCCGGAAACCACCACCCCUGCACCUUCCAGGGAAGCAGAACCUUCCUCCACCCCCGUCGUCCCCGCCGAAUCCCUCUACCCCGACGGCCGCUACGCCCACCUCUGGACCUCCUACAAGUCCCUCUCGGCCAUCGAAGCCGAAUCGAAAUCCGACCAAGAGAAACUCCUCGACAUACUCGAAGGCUACAAAGAGCGAAAAGCGCAAAUAGGGCGGGCGGCGGUGGAGAACUGCGUCGAGGAGCAGUUGGCCGUGAACGACUGCUACGACACGGGGCGGUGGAGGGACAAAUUGAUGAUGUGCAGGGGGGAAAACCGGGCGUUUGAAAGAUGUUACAUCAUGCAAUCGCGCUUCCUCAAAGCCCUCGGCUACCUCUCCACCUACUCGCGGCCCGAGUCCGUCGACGAAGCCAUCCAGAUGCACGCCGACACCCUCUACCACCGCAUGCUGGCGCAGGAAACCGCCGCCGCCGACGCCGCCGCCGCCGGCCUGCCCGAACCCCAAUUCGCCCCCAUCCUCGCCUCCGUGUCGCGAUCCACAACGCCUGCCGCGGGACCAACGACUCCGGCUCCAUCACCAGCACCAGCAGCGGCGGCGAAGAAAGACGACUCACCGCCUCUGAUGCCGGAAACGCAAGCGCUGCUGACGGCGGAGACGCAGGCUGCGCUGAGGCAGCGGUUGAAGGGUAUGACGCCGACGGAGAGGGAGUUGGAGGAGAAGGGGUUGGUGAUGGACGCGAAGGCGGCGAGGGAGACGGGGAGGCAGGUGUCGGAUAUUAUUGGGCUGAGGAAGAGUAGGAGAGAGGAGGGGAAGGCGACGGUGGGUGAUACCAUUAGUGGGUGGUUUGGGUGGUAG